AUGCGCCUCUGGUUGCCCGACUGGGAACUCCGGGAGCGCUCGCCGUCGACCGAAAGCGAGGCCUCCACGGCCAGCUACUCAAGCCUCGCCAGCGACGCGUCCUUCUAUGACGCGUCGUCGGGAGAUGAGGCCGGGCUGGCCGAAACGGGUGGCCACGACACCGCCACGCGCCGGUCGGCUCCUCCGCUCGCGUUCGCGUCGCCCCCCGCGCGCCACUUCUCUCCACUGCCGUCUUCGUCCCCGCUCUUCUCCUCGGCUCAGGAUGCGAUUGUUUGGAUACCCGGCAGGGCGGGCGUUACGCUGCCUGACCGGGUAUCACCAGAAGCCGCUCAAGGACGUCAGGGCGCCUGGCUUUCGCCACCGGCCGCACGGGCCACGCCGGCGCCUAUCCGGCUUGUAGACGACGUCCAAGACCUUCGUCCGUUUGCUGUGCCACCCGGCAGGGCGUGCCGCAUGCUGCCUGUCGAGGUGGCGCCUGGACUCGUGCCCGACUCUCAGAGCGUUGGCUCCCCGGGCGCUCAGACGCCUUGCCCAGGUCCGAGUGACUUCCACACGCCGCGUCAAGACCCCGGACUGUCUUCUCCGUGCGCCGAUGGCCCCCCGAUCGAAGAUGCGAAUGAUUUGGUACCCGGCAGGGCGGGCGGCAUGCUGCCCGACCGGGUACCACCAGAAGACAAUGAAGACCACAACGCCGACUCUCAGAGCGACCACUCCCUGGGUGCUGACAGGCUACACCCGGGUCCAGCCGACACUGCACCGACCUCCGCUGCCCUCCCGCCUGCCCCACCAGCCCCUGCCCCACCAGCCCCUGCCAAGGCUCCCGACGAAGACUUGCUUGCUUCCCAACCCGGCAGGGCGGCAGGCAUGCUUUCCGCGGGGUACGCGCUUGUAGCCGCUACGGCUCGCGCCCUGUGCGUCACGCACGACACCAGCGACCCUGCGGACAGCAGCAGCAGCAGCGAUGGGGAGGGCUCGAGUAACGAGGCAAUUGCUUUCACUGUUGACGAAGACUGUCCAAGUGAUGACGACCGGCUUUGUCUGGCGGCUACGGAGCUGCCCGGCCAAGCUGGAUACACUGCAGUGGCCGCGGCUACACCCAUGCCAGCGUCCACUGCAGCAUCUGUCUCUGUCCCACUAUUACAGUCUCUGUGA